UGGGCUUGGAGUACUAAGGCCACGCCCCUAUUCUGCGUUCUAGUGGGGCCCUGGUUACGCCUCCUGUGGCUCAGUCGCACAGCUGCCUGGUAGGUGACUGGAGGCAUUCAGCAGUGCUCACUGGGAUUUUGCUGAUGUGGCCCCAACCCCGCCUCCCUCCGCACCCCGCGAUGUCAGAAAAAACACAACAGGGGAAAUUGGCUGCAGCCAAGAAAAAGGUAAAAACGCACCAGCAGAGGAAGAGCCCUGGCAUUCCAGGAGGAAAGCAAAUCAAUAGCAGUAGCCCUGAAGCAUCCACUUCUCGUGGUUACCACUCACCUGGGGAUUCAGCAACAGGUGUGUACAGGGAGGGCCCUGCGUCAUCUACCCUGAAGGAUCUGGAGAGCCAGUACCAACAACUAGAGGUAGCCUUGGAUUCAAGCUCCACAAUAAUCGGCCAACUCAGCAAAAACAUCAAUUCACUGGGAAGAGCUCCUCGCAUGUUGAAGAAGGAGAAGUCCCGAUUACUGAAGCUCGGGAGGAGCUUGUUCAAGUUAAAACACCAGACGGCUGAACCCCUGGCCCCAGAGCCCCCAGCAGGGCCCUCUGAGGUGGAGCAGCUACGGAUUGAGAUCAACCAUCUAAAAAAGGAGCUGGAGAGCGCGAGAAGACAGCUCCAGGCCAAGAUGGAAAACAACAAGAUGUUGCUUCUCCUGAGCACCGGACACAAGGAGAGGCUACAAACACAGGAGAGGAGGAUACGUGAACGGGAGGAGAGGAUAUAUGAAUGGGAGGAGAGGAUAUAUGAAUGGGAUCUGCAUAUACGGAAACAGGAGGAGAGGCUAUGCGAAUGGGGAGAGAGGCUAUAUGAAUGGGAAGAGAGGCUACAGGAACGGGAAGAGAGGCUGCGUCAGCAGAAGAGGCUGCCAGGGCAGGAGAGGCCGCGGGAGCUGGAGAGGAUGCUGGAGCCAGGGUGGGAAGACCUCGAUGAGGAGUGGGAAGAGCUAUCCAGCGCCUUGGAGGACCUGGCCCUACAGCUGCUGGAGCAGAAAAUAAAGGAGAAGAAGCCGGGUGAGCUGAAAGAGAUGGUAACCUCUGACCCAUCCAAGAAGGGCUGGGAGGCGGGCACCAGCCUCUGGGGAGGGGAGGUGCCAGGCCAGAGGCAGCUGCAGCCUGGGGCAGGUGACCCCAGCACCCUCCAGGGCAGUCCUAUGACUGUUUCUUGCUUCCUGCCCUCUGACUUUUAGAGGCGGGUAGCCCUGGGCUCCUCCCAGGUCUGGACAUCAUCAUCCCAGCUAGAGGCAUGGAGCCCCCCAAUCACAGAGGAAGAGCCAGUGGUAUAAGAGGCUCCUUAUGUCGGGUGUGGUGGCUCACGCCUGUAAUCCCAGCACUUUGGGAGGCUGAGGCAGGACAGUCACUUGAGGUCAGGAGUUUGAGACCAGCGUGGCCAACAUGGCGAAAGCUCAUCUCUACUAAAAUUAAAAAAAAAAAUAAUUAGCCAGGCCUGGUGGUGCAUGCCUGUAAUCCCAGCUACUCUGGAGGCUGAGACAUGAGAAUCACUUGAGCCCGGGAGGUGAAGGUUGCCGUGAGCUGAGAUCGCACCACUGCACUUCAGCCUGGGACACAGAGUGACGCUGUCUCAAAACAAAACAAAACACAAAAACAAAAAAGACUCCUUAGAUUCAAACUGGAUUCUGACCUCGGUUCCACUGGUCAUAAUUCAACUACUUUGCAUCUCUAAGUCUCUGUUUCUUUAACUUCAAAAGGAAGGUGGCCUUUUCCUUGCAGAGGUGCUGAUGAUUAAAUGAGGUAAUACGUGGAAACAUUAGGCAUGUAGCACACUUAGCAGAUGGUGGUUGGCUCCCCCUGCUUUUCCACCAGUCUGUGGCCUAGAGUUUAAAUGCUGGGAAAAAGGACGUGAGGUUUGAGGCUGGGGAAGGAGGCAUGGGGUUCUAGGCAAGGGAGGCAGUCUCUUAGGCCUGGAGCAAGG